AGUAAAGCCACUACACAGUAGGGAAUAAGAGAGCCUCAAAAAAAGUCGAUUGAAAUCCCAAACCGAGACGUAAUUAUACGUACAUUACCAUCGUUGGAAAAUGACAUCUCUCACUGUCCUGCUGUUGUUCUUUGUGUCACUGACUGUGGCAACAAUUGCUGGUCGCCUUCGGCGACUUCUUCCUCGUCAACGACCGAUAUCUUCUUCGCGUGCGGGCAGCCGGGAUGUUGUUGAGGUGAUGGGAUCAAGCUCGGCCAAAGAUGGAGCGGGACGAGAAGAGAGCAAGGCGUCUGUCCGCUGGGAGCCGAGAAUCGAACCCCUGGACGACUUCGUCUGGGACGCCACACCGCCGUUGAAGCUGAGGCCGAUCAAGCCAACGUAUCAUAUCACAAUGGCACUUCAGAACAGCACCCCUGCCGAUCUCAUCGUCAUGGACAGAAACUACCACGACCGAGUAAUGUCACGCCGCAAGCUCAUAGAUGAGCGCCAGUCCGCGGUAAUGGGUGCUAUUCCAUCCGGCUACACAGCAGUUCGGGAACUGUACUCGUACCUCCUCGGCACCUACCUACCACGUCGCUACCCAACCAUGUUCAGCCUCGUCCGCCCCUCUUCCGGCCCGUCCGAGGUUGUCUUCCGUAACAAAGUCACAGGCCGAAGCCUACCCCUGGUUCCUCCGCCUUCUGAAGCAUCCACGAUGCUCCGAGCUCUGGGGGAGACGGUCGAAGACGACAUGUUCUUGCUCCUGCGCGAACCAGACGGCGGCGAGCACAGGGCCGUGGCGUUCGUCUGCUGUCACCCGUCCGGGUUUGAUCCGUCCGAGAAGCUGGGGAAGCGGCUGGCCGAGAUUCACUCUCCAGUGCCCGCGUAUUCGAAGAUUGGAGCGAGUAUGGAGAGGUACUUUGCCCGGUUGGAGGUGGGCAAGAGCGUAAAGAGAAUGAACUGGGCCGUCCAAACUCAUCCAAACCUUUACGCACCGAGCGGAAACCACGUUCAUGUGGGCGAGGACGUCAAGGAAGAUGAAGAGAUCGACGUCGAGAAGGCUAGGUUCCGGGUGGAGCUGCAAACUCUGACCCGGUUGCCCGAGACGCAGGCGAUACUGUUCAGCUUCAAGACGUAUCUGUAUACCCUCGACGAGAUCAAAGCUGACGGACUCGGGCCGCAGCUGGCCGACGCCAUCGAAGGGUUGAAAACUGGCAAUGCCCCGGGCAUGUGGGUGUACAAAGGGUGUGUUAGAUGGGGGAAGGCCGUGUGUGCGUACCUGAGGACUUAAAGAGUGGUAUAUUAUGGUACAAAUUAUAAGAGGACCAAAGAACAAGUUGGAAUUCGUUCAUCUCGUCGGUGACGACCAGGGCGAAACCUCUUGGUAACAUUCGGGUAUUUCUGAGAGGAUGUGAC